AUGUUUGGGAUACGUUCUACAGCAGGGGGCAACCAGAGUCUGAAGGUGACGGACUACCAUGUGCGAUGCAGAGUGGUGUCCCGUUAUGCGGUGACCACAGUUCAGAGUUCGGUAUGGAACCAGCUCCCCAUCACCAAGGAGGCUGCGUUCGAGGUUGACCUCCCCUCCUCUGCCUUCAUAUCCAACUUCACCAUCACCUCCAACGGCAAGGUGCAUGUGGCCCAGGUGAAGGAAAGAGCCGCCGCCAGGAAAAUUUACGAUGCUGCUAAGAAGCAAGGAAAAACAGCCGGACUUGUUGCUACCAAAGAAAGGGAGAUCGAGAAGUUUCGCGUGGCGGUGAGUGUGCCGCCAGGAGCUCGGAUGUUCUUCUCUCUGUCCUAUGAGGAGUUGUUGCCCCGUCGACUCGGCCGCUACGAGCUCAGUUUGGGUCUGAGGCCGGGUCAGCCCGUGCAGAACCUCACCCUGGACGUCAGUAUAACGGAGAGGACGAGCAUCAGCUUCAUCAAAGUCCUCCCUCUCAAGACCAGCCGGCUGCUCUCCAACACCGCUCAAGGUGAUGCAGUCGCCCCUGCAUCCACUCAGGUCGAACGUAGCGGUGGCUGCGCUCGAGUUCGCUACAGUCCCACUCUACAGCAGCAGAACGGCGUCUCCUCCAAAGGUCUGAAUGUAGACUUCAUCGUUCACUAUGACGUGGACCUCAGAGACCUCAUGGGGGAAGUCCAGGUGUAUGACGGCUACUUUGUGCAUUACUUUGCACCCAGAGGGCUUCCUGUGGUUCCCAAAGAUGUAAUAUUUGUCAUUGAUGUCAGUGGCUCAAUGAUAGGCACCAAGAUUAAACAGACCAAGCAGGCCAUGGGCACCAUCUUGGCCGACCUCAGAGAGGGAGACCACUUCAAUAUCAUCACUUUCUCCGACAAGGUUCACACCUGGAAGAAAGGACGCACAGUGCGGGCGACGCGUCAGAAUGUGCGAGACGCCAAAGACUUUGUGAAGAGGAUUAUUGCAGAAGGAUGGACGAACAUCAACGCGGCGUUGCUCUCCGCCGCCCAGCUCGUCAACCCUCAAUCCACCUCCGACCGCCUCUCGUCCCGCCGCGUCCCUCUGGUGAUUUUCCUCACCGACGGCGAGGCGACCAUCGGGGUGACGGCCGGCGACGCCAUCCUGAGCAACGCCAAGAAGGCCCUGGGCUCGGCCUCUCUGUUCGGCCUCGCCUUCGGGGACGACGCUGACUACCUCCUCCUGAAGCGCCUGGCGCUGGAUAAUCGCGGCGUGGCUCGGAUGGUGUACGAGGACGCGGACGCCGCCCUGCAGCUGAAGGGCUUCUACGACGAAGUGGCCAGCCCUUUGCUGUCGGACGUCCAGCUCACGUACCUGGACGAUCAGGCGUUCGACAUCACACGCUCCUUGUUCCCAAACUACUUCCAAGGCUCUGAGCUGGUGGUCGCCGGGAAGGUCAAACCGGGGGUCAAGGAUUUAAAAGUCUCCAUGUCCGCCACCGAUUUGAAGAAACGUGUAAACCUGGAGAACGAUGUUUUGAUUUUGAACGCCGAAGGGAACGAGAGCGCGGAUUCUCUCAAGUGUUCAGGAGGCUCGGAAGGAAUCUCCAGCUUCGUGCACCGCCUCUGGGCGUAUUUCACCAUCAAAGAGCUGCUACUCGCCAAACUGAACGCCACCGACCCCGCGACGCAAAGGUUACUGGCGGACAAAGCGACCAACCUGUCCCUCAAAUAUAACUUUGUAACACCGGUCACUUCUUUAGUCGUCAUUCAGCCCGAUGAGGACGAAGCGGCUCGAAGUCCGACCACAGCGAAACCCGCCACGGCUGCCGCUACAACCACGACCACGACGACAACUGCUGCUCCCGCCAAAACUGAAGCCAAAUCCUCGGGGACCGGUUCUGCAAAGAAGCCCGUCUCGUCUGGCAAGCCAAUCAAAACAAAGCCACACCCUCCUCAGCCGCCUCCAACUAAAAAAAUCUCAACUUCUACGGCAAAAACAGCGACUCCAGCGUCCAGGAAAACCACCACGACCUCAAGUCCCAGCACCGUUAAAACCGCCCCAGCUCCAUUCUUGGGUAAAAAGACAUCACCUUCCCAAAAUGAAUCCAUAUCUGCCUCUCCUCCUCCUCCUCCUCCUUCUCCGCCUCCUUCUGCAGGAAAGAUAUCCACCUCCCUGAUCAACGCGCUCAAAACAGCCCCGCCCCCUGCACCUGGUAAAGUCUCCACCCCCCAUCCGAGUCCCUUGAAAACAACCUCUCCCCCAAUAACCACCCCGAUGGUGACACUCACAACCAGCCCAGUGAGAACUGACCCUGCUACGACUGGGAAACCCCUUACCUCACAGCCCAGUCCUGUCAAAGCGACCGUGCCCUCCAUAGAAACACACACUAGCACCACGUCUUCUCCAGUCGUUCCUCUGCCUGAAGUCACCACCGUCCCGCCCGAGUUGUUGACUCCGCCCGCCUCAUCUGUCACAACAACAGCGCCACCCGCAGCUGUGGACGACAACAACACAAACUUGGAAACAGAUUUGAGUAUUGCCACGUUUGUGUCGGCCACCUUCGCCCCCAUGCCCGGUGUCACAGACGGACCGAGACCGUGGGAGGCCGCAGGGCUCUUAGAUGUCUCCACUUUCAUUCAGAGAAAAGAUUUUGACCUUGUGAAAGACUAUGAUGCAACCUAUGACUACGACUACGAUCUCAACUAUGAUUCCUGGGAUGAUACUGCAGACACCGGAUCGUUUGAAUCCUCCUCCUCCAGUUUGAGUACUGUGCGGGUCUUCUCCUCAUCUGUCGAUGGAGAUCCUCAUUUCGUGGUCCAGCUGCCCAAGCUGCAUCAGAACCUUUGCUUCACAGUAGACGGCAGCGCUGACGAUGUGCUCAGACUGUUGGAGGACCCGGAGAGAGGGAUCAUUGUUGAUGGACACCUGAUGGGAGCUCCCUCCAAACACGGUGCAGAGGACAGAGCCAGGACAUAUUUCGACCGGCUCACCGUUUCCUCGGCCACAGGCGGGUCAGGUGACAUCAUGAUCACCCUCUCGCUGGACGCCGUCGUGGUGGAAGGAGAAGGGCGGGACAUCCUCCCCAUCAGUCAGCAGGGAUCGGUGACGAGGCAGGGCGUGACGGUUACCGUGGACAACCACCGGAGCUGCUGGAUCGAGCUGGGCAGGGAUGUGCGCUUCCUGGUCCUGUUCCACCAAUACAAACACCCCAGCUACCUGCAGAUGGCUCACCUGGGUUUUUACAUCACAAACGGGCGGGGGCUGUCUGCUUCAACUCAAGGAUUACUCGGCCAGUUUCAGCACGCUGACAUCAGUGUAACUGCAGUGACGGAUCACCAGGACGGAGCCGCUCACAAAGCUGCCACAUUAGCCCGAGGGAUCCUGAGGUGGGGAUCCGAGCACACGGCGGUCACUUUGCAGGACAAGUCGCUGAAAGACUCGGUGCGUAAACGCCACACGGGCAGGUGUUGGGUUGUUCCCAAAGGAGAGGUGGAGAGACUCCUGGGUCAUCCAUACGAGAGCUACGUGGUGGAUCAUGUGUAACUCUAGCUGGGGCAGCGCCGCCCGGCUGCAUGUGAGCUGCACGGCUCAGGUCGCAGCGGUUAACAUGGCGGCUUCUAAUGGACAAAGGAUGACCAAACAGUGGCUCUCAAUGACUUUCUGCUUUAUUAUAUUCUGUCAGGAGGAAACAGAGGUGUGGUUACCAAAGAGGACGCAUCAGAGACAGAGCUGCAUUUAAAGGAUUAAAGAGGACAUUUAUUUUAAAAGUUAUAGUGACAGACUGAAUGAUGCUGCUGUUCUACAUCAUUCAAUCUGAAUUGAAUUCAAGCUCUGUGUUUUUUUUUAUGUGUAACACAGAAGCAGUGUUCUGCUGGUUGCAUGGCAACCACAAAUGUCUGUUUGUUCUGCAGUAGAAAAAAAAACGCACACUCUCAAACUUCAGCGAUAUUUAUCAGACUUUUCUUAUUUUUUCAUCCUGGACUGACUCUUAGGAAAAGCCAGAUUCUUCUACUCCAGAGUCACAUAUAAUUAUUCAACCUGUAUCAUUCUGAAAGUUGUAUUUUUUUUAGUACACGUGUAUAUAAAAUAUUAUUGUACGUAUGUAUAGAUAUCUUUCAACAAAAGGUCACUCGCCUGGAUAUAGUCGAAAAAAAGGAAAAACAAAAAGUCGAAUCCUUCCAGGUUUGCCAUGUGCUUUUUAUUUUUCUAUCAUUUCAUUCAUAGUUUAAUUCAUUUUAUUUGUUACACAAGACAUUAGGCAUUGUUCACAUACUAGUGAUCAAACAAGGACAGUAAGUUUUCUACUACUCAGCCUAUUUCUUUUUGUCAAAUUCAAGGGAUAUUGUCAAUAAUAGUGGUUUCCAAAAGGCCCGAACUGGAUGGAAAAUUAAAACAGUACGACCACA